AUGCUGGAAGACGCGCAGCUCCGCGACAAAACAAUCGCUGAAGUGCAGGAACCCGCAUUGCCGGUUGUGAGCAUGGACACCAAGCUGGACCGCCUGUCUAAGUACAUCAAUAAAGACAAUGGUGCAGUACUGGCUACAGAUGAUGCCGGAGAUAUGCACAUCCUGACCAAAUAUGACGUGCUGAAUGCUUUAGGAAAGUAA